GUCAGAAGUCAGAAGGAAGUAAUUGUGUAUGAUGGUGAUGGUAAUGGGUGGUGUUUUGAUUUUGAUAAUAUUUGACACAGAAUUAAUCGGGGCGAACUAAAAACAAUUUUAAUAUUAAAAAUGAAUAUCAAUAUUGUUUUCGCCGAUUUCCCGAAAAUUUGUCGCCUUUGUUUAGCUUGUGGUGACCUUUUUCCUAUCCUGAAAUUGGAUGUUCUGAGAAUAUUUUCCACUAUUACUGAUAUUGAGGUGAAAGAGGAAGAUAGGAUGCCAGAAAAUAUGUGUAGUGAAUGUAUCAAACAGCUGGAAAUCAUUUCAAACUUCAUUCGAACCUGUAAAAACAAUGAUGAAACUCUAAGAGCUGUUUUACUGGAAGAACUUGAGAAGGCAUUAGCUGUUGAAAACGAAAACGACGAUAAUGAUUUCAAUGACGUUAAAAAUGAAAGUGACAGUGACUAUUCUGAUAAACCUUUUCAUCAAGAAAACGUAAAAGAAGAAAUCAUUGCCGAACCUGAUAUAGACAACUUUAAAAAAGAAAAUCCAGUGAGUUGUGAGAACUGUACAGAAAACUUUGCAUCGGAGAAGGCUCUUCUUGAACAUUAUAAUGAAAUUGUAACUUGUAGACCAAGAGAUUUUGUAACUGAUCAGAGUCUAGUGAAUAUUGUGGAUUAUCUCGAAAAGGAAAAGGGAAGGCGGUUUAAAAAGAUUAAAGCAGAAUCUGAUGAGGAACCGGAGUUUGUGAAAGGCCGUAAGCUGAAAGGAAAGAGGAGGUUUCUGUGUAACUAUUGUGGCAAGAACUAUACCAGGAAAAACGGUUUGGAAAGGCACAUUCUGAGUCACACAGGAGUUAAACCUUUCGAAUGCAAGGAGUGCGGAAAGUGCUAUAUUACGAAAGACACCUUGAAAACACAUUUACUGACUCACACCGGCAUAAAAGCCCACAAAUGCAAGGUAUGUCAGAAAUCCUUUACCCAGUCAAGCCAUCUUAGCUAUCACAUGCGAAGGCAUGCUGGGGACAAGCCUCACCUGUGUACGUUUUGUGGGAAAGGAUUUCUAUCCAGCUACCACUUGGAGCGCCACAAGCUCAUGCAUACAGGAGUGAAACCCUUCGAAUGCAAUCAGUGCGGGAAGCAGUUUGUCAGAAGUACAACUUUAAGAGACCAUCUCUUGAUUCACUCAGGAGAAAAGCCUUUUCAGUGCCAACACUGUGGGAAACAAUUCAACAGAAAACAGUCAUUAACUAACCACGUGUUGGUGCACACUGGUCAGAGUAAGGGUGGCAGCAGUGAGGGUGCCGAGGAAGUAAUUGUGGGGCACAGUAAUCAACCUCAGAGGUCCUCAAAUCAUACAACUUCUGAUCAAUCACUCUCUGGUAAUCCUCCAGUUUUGACCCCUUUUGUGAGAAAUCCUUCAGAAUCACUCAACGCAGAAUUACCCCAAAAUAUAUGCACUGGUUGUGCGUCACAGCUGGAGGACUUACUGAUUUUUUCAGAAAAAUGUAAAAAUACAGAAACAAUGUUGAACAAUAUAUACGCUGCAAGAUGUGAAGAAAAAUAUGAUCAAACCUUCUAUCCAGAUAAGAAAGAGCUCUAUGAAACCUGCGAUGAUGAAUUCGAGCAGGAAAACUGUUCAACCCCUCCGAGUAGUGAUGAUAAACUGAAAAUGGUUUGGGAUGAGGAAGUAGAAGAAAACCCAUAUAAAAAGGAAAAGAUGAAAAAAAAGUCAGCUAUGAAAUGCGAGUUGUGUGAUAAGAUAUUCUAUGGAAAGGCUGCCUUCUCAAACCAUUCAAGAAUGCACAAGAAAAAACGUGAACUAAAAAAAUUUCUGUGCAACUACUGCGGUAAAAACUUCAUCAAAAAUUCUCAUCUAGAUCGACACAUAAGGAGUCACACUGGAAUCAAGCCAUACGAGUGCAAAGAAUGCAGCAAAAGUUUCGUACAGAGCAAUGACUUGAAGCGUCACUUAUUGACUCAUACUAGAGAGAAGGUGUUUCAGUGUCCCCUGUGCUCCAAAUCGUUUCACCAGAAGUCGGUAAUGGACAACCAUUUACUGACCCACGUCAACGAAAGAAACAUUCCUUGUACCAUAUGUGACAAGAAAUUCACUCUGAAGGCAUACCUAGAUGUUCAUAUGAGAACGCAUACUGGAAUGAAACCUUUCAAGUGCCCACACUGCUACAAGCAGUUUCAUCAGAAAAGUGGAUUGAAUAAUCAUAUUUUGACCCACACUGGGGAGAAGCCAUUCAAAUGUUCAACCUGUAGCAAAAGUUUCAUUCAGUCCAAUCAUCUCAAGGAACAUUCUAGGAUACACAGUGGCGAAAAGCCCUAUAUUUGUUCUUUUUGUGGUAAAACAUUUGCAUAUAACAGUACUCUAAAGGUUCAUCUACGCCAGCACACAGGAGAAAAACCAUUCAUCUGCACAUCUUGUAAGAAGGGAUUCCACGAUUCAAGUAACUUGAGGAGGCACAUUCAUCGACACCAUACCUCUAACAGCAAAAAUUGUAAAGAAGAAAAUGACACAGAAAAUGAUGUUGGGCAGUAUCAGCACAGUGUCAUAUUGGAUUAGUUUGGAUUUUAGGAUUUUGAAAACUUCUAUUUAUGAAUAAAGUAUGAAUACCGUCAAA